GAUGACUUCCUCACCACAUACCCACAGGUAAAUGGAGACAGUGUUCAGAACACGCUUGCUGCACAGUCCCUGGAGAUGCCUAAAUAUCUUACUCUGUUCUCCCCUGCCCUGGAUUGGCUCCUGCAGUGUGUUGCACACAGGGCUCCAGAGUCUGCCCUCUUGGAUGUACUCAACAAGUCCAAGGAACAGUGUAAUAGUGCUCUCCUUCUGAACUCCAUCAUGUCAGCAUUCAGGCCUGCCUACAUAUCCAAGCGGGCACCCCAGUUCACUGAGAUGAUUAAGGAAUGCGAAGACAUGGGCUUCCCAAAGCACCUGUUGUAUCGGAGUCUAGGGACGUGUUUGGUGAUGGCUGACCCCCCAGAGGAGCACAGGCUUCAGAUACUCAAUGAUGUCUGGAAGGUCGUCAUGAAACUCUCCAACCCUAGUGACUACAUGAGCUGCACUGAAGUCUGGAUAGAGUUUGUCGUAAAGCAUUUUUCAAAAAAAGAGUUUAACACUAUCUUGGGUGAUAUCAUCAAGCACUUGACUCCAGACAGAGCCUUUGAGGACCACUAUCCACAGCUACAGUCUGUUGUAUCUAAACUGCUUUCACAUAUGCAUAACUUCUCAGUCCUCUUUGGUCUGGACAAGUUCCUUCCACUGAUAGACAUGUUCCAGAGAGACUCUGUAAAGGUAGAAGUUUGCAAGAACAUCAUGGAGGCAUUUGUCAAAUUCCAGUUACAGCCCACUAAUGACCCAGUGAUUCUGAAUGCACUCAUGUUUAUCUGUAGAACCAUGCAUGACUCUGUCAAUGCAUUAACAUUAGAAGAUGAAGUGAGGCAGAUUGGCCAACUGAUCAUUGGAUUCAUCAAGAACAUAUCCUUCAACCGUGACUUUGAGCAGCAGCUUAGCUUCUAUGUAGAGGCUAGGGCAGCCUUCAGCAACAUUGACAUUGUCCUCAUAUACCUUGUGCAGAGUGUCAACAAACUGGCAAUGCAGACCAGAACUGUAGUAAAGGGAAACCAUAACAGGAAGACAUCAGCUUUUGUCAGGGCAUGUGCUGCUUAUUGUUUCAUCACAAUACCAUCAUUACAUGGUGUCUUUGCAAGACUGAAUCUGUAUCUCCUAUCUGGACAAACAGCCAUCCUCAACCAGUGCCUCUCUCAAGGUGAUAGUUUCAUGAAGGCUGCUAUAUCUCUAGUAGCAGAGGUGCCCAAGACAUUGGAGUUAGAUGGCAAAGUCAGAUCCACUGAACCAUUUCUUAUUGAAUUCCUCAACAACUUCCUAGCUACUCUGCUCAUUGUACCAGAUAGCCCAGAUCAAGGUGUUUUAUACCUCUUAAGGGGUCUACUGAAUGUCAUACAGGAUUACACCUGGGAUACCAGCUCUAGUGCUAAGGCUGUUGUAUACACCAAUGUACUGAAUCUACUAGCUGCCUAUAGUCAAGAGUCCUACAUAUAUCAACCUAACAAAGUUGAUUGCAAUGAUGCCAUGUAUGGAAGUGACCCCAAGUUCCUGAAUGAGGUGAACAAAACAGCAGCUGUAGUGCUUGAUGUAAUACUCACACAUCUCAAGUCAAUGGAACACAUUGAGGUGCAUAGAAAACAAGCCUCUGUGAGUUUAGAAGUAAUCGAACAUAUUGUUUGCCAUUGUGAUGUUUCUAAGGAGCCUAUGUUUGAGCUUGCUGUCAAUCUAUGGGGUCUAUCUCAGAGACAUGGGCAAGCAGACACCAAGCAUAUGGUGCGGAUAAUGAACCACGUUAAAUACAAGAGUACUAUUGGACACAAUUCCAGUGACAUUUACUCUCAACUUGUGAACAAAUUGCAUUUACAGUCCAGAACAUAGGGAAUAGUUAUUGAAAAAAUUCUACUUCUAUGUACAUAAUAAAGUAUAUAUAAAAUUUCAAACAUUUAAUAUCGGUACAUCAUAUUGAAAUUUGAAUAUUUUAAUGGAACAAUAUCCAUAUAAUAUAUGGAUUUGUAAACCUCUGUAGCCAAAGUUUUUGGGCAACAACCAUUCUUGCAAUGAUUAAAACAAAUAGUAUUGACAAAUUAUGAAACUUGUCAGGAUGAUUACUGCAUAUAUGGUGGGCACCCUUGGGUCGAAACACAUAUAAUGUUGGACAACAAAUGUGAAAAUUGAAAUCAUACUUGUACAAGGCUUUCAAAGUCACUCAUAGAUAUGCUAAACAUUUUAUUUGAGCUUAUCAGUACCAAAGCUGAUAUAAUGCUUGCAUAUGUGGCAGAAUAUGUCAUACUAAUAUGUAUGCAUUUUACCUGAGUAUUGUCAAGCAAAAACAUUUAUGUAGAAAAACUUCAAAAAAGUGAUCACCAACACAGCCAAAAAACGAGCGCUGAAAAAAAACAAUGUAUUUUGUUCAGACUUUUCACGUUCCAUUUAUGUCACGCAUUUUCCCCAAAAUACCACCAAGGUGUCCAAAUUGUGGGCCAAGGUGUUCAGAUUUGGACCAAGGUAUCCACAAUUUGAAGAAAGGUGUUCAACAUUGGUAAC